AUGGAUGAGGAGAUGUUAGCUCUACAGAAGAAUCAAACUUGGGAACUCGUGCUGCUUCCUAAAGGGAAGAAAACCGUGGGUUGCAGAAACGUAUACACUAUUAAAUAUAAAUUUAAUCAGAUUGUUGAGCGUUUUAAAGCUCGACUGGUGGCAAAAGGCUUCACCCAAUACUAUAGUAUUGAUUACAUAGAGACCUUUUCUCCAGUUGCGAAAAUAGGAACAAUUCAGAUAUUAAUAUCCUUGCUUGUGCAUUACGGAUGGUCCUUAUCACAAUUUGAUGUGAAAAAUGCAUUCUUACAUGAAGAAAUCUCAGAAGAAAUAUAUAUGGAGCUUCCAUCAAGAUACAAAGACCCAAAUGAUACUCUAAAGGUAUGCAAACUUAAGAAGGCAUUAUAUGGCUUAAAAUAG